AUGUCCGUUGGGACCUUCUUGGCCGAUGAGAAUGGAUCAAUUCCCUCUACCUGUUAUGGCGGCGAACGACGUACGGUAGGUGGAUAUGGCAACGAUACAGGAGGUAAUGAACGUGAUCAUCGUGGGUACUCCGUGAGGGAGGAGCUUCCCCUGCCCACUCAACCUCCAUAUACCGCCCACAUUGGGAAUCUGUCCUUUGAGGCAACACAAGCCGACAUUUCGGACCUCUUUGCGGACUGCGAAGUAACGAACGUGCGAAUUGUAGAGGAUAAAAUGACUAGAGCUCCGAAGGGCUUCGGUUAUGUGGAAUUCGCUACUCUUGAGGGCUUGAAGAAGGCCCUCUCGUUUCAAGGAACUCUCCUCCAGGGAAGGAAUAUCAGAGUUAGCGUCGCGGAACCUCCCAAGGAGAGACAGGAUACGAGAGACUACAGCGAUUGGUCCCGUAAAGGACCCCUCCCAGAUGCGCCUUCGCAACGCCGAGUUUCUGAUCGUGCGGGUUUCGGACCGAGAGGCCAGGAUUCCAUGAGUGAUGCCGGGGGAGACCGCCCCGGAAGACGUCCGUUUGAGCCUGCAGACGGUAAAGUUCGAGAUUAUGGAAAUUGGGAACGCAAGGGACCCCUCUCUCCAUCUCUCCCCACCGCAUCCCUUGCUAGAGAAGGUGGCCGCCCGAGGAGUAAGGAUGGACCACAGUUUCGCAGAGCAUCCCCCGCUUGGGGAGAGGCUCGUUCGCAAGAUGGCUCGAGACCACCCCGCCGUGAUUUCCACGAACGACCGGUGGAAAGGGCACCAACCGCUCCUGAACUGGAUAAUCAAUGGAGGGCAAGGAUGCGACCAGAUGCCCCCCCUCCCAAACAAACUCCCUCCGCUCCUGAAGUUGCUCCAACAGCAGCGCAACCCGCACCUGCACAGCGACCCAAGCUCAAUCUACAAAAAAGAACAGUGGAAGCUGAACCCGCAUCCCCAACUACCCCUGGUGACUCCAAGUCGAGUCCUUUCGGUGGAGCAAGACCCAUUGAUACUUCCGCCAGGGAGCGAGAGGUCGAGGAGAAACGUCAACUAGCAUUGCGACAAAAAAGAGAAGCAGAGGAAAAGGCAAAGGCUGAGAAGGCUGAGAAGGCUGAGAAACAAAAAGCUGCCAAGGAACAAGACCAGCAGGCAAAAGAGCAGGAGGCUUCUAAGACUGAAAAUCUCAAUGCUACCAUCGCAAAUGGCUCUAAAGAGGAUGAUGCUGGCGCCCCACAGGCCGGAAAGAAUAUUGAGAUUCUUCGUAGGUCUGGAAAUACGGAAGAGACUCCGGCGGUUGAGGGAUCCACAGAAGCAGGAACUUCGGGUGAGAAAUCCGAGUCCCCCAAGGAGCAGCCAAGAGAGCAGGCUCGUCAGCAAGUACCUAGCAAAACGAAUGGGAACUGGCGAAAUGGUGCUCCCAGGUCUCGCGGCCCUUCGCACGGCCAUGCACCACCUAGGGGACCUCAGGGUCAGGCAAAAGCCCAGCAACCGAAAGCUGCCGUUUCGGAUCCUGCAGUUUCCCCUGUCCCUGCGGAGCCGGAGGAGGAGGGCUGGAGCACCGUGAGCAGCAAGCAGCGCAACAACCGACGCGGAAACCAGACCCGCGGCUAA